AUGGAAGAUAGAUUCGAAAAAAAUGAUUAUGAGGACAAAGAAAAUAAGAACAUAACAAGUGCAUCUGGUAGUAAUAUUUGUCCUGAAUUCAAUGAAAAAAAUUCAAUGGUACAUGAAGCUCCUCAUGAUAUUAUUUUUAUUGGCAAUUCACCAAAACUUCCUGAAAUAAAGCGUGGAAAAUUAAAAGGCAAGAUGUCAACAGUAAGAAAACUGGUCUUAUCAUAA